UAUGAGGUCACUUUAUAUAUAUUCUCUUAUUUAGAUUUCGCUGAUAUAUGUAUUUUAAGAUUAGUAUCAAAGAAGUUCUUGAGGAUAUCAUCAGAGUAUUCAUUAUGGAGAAUGUUCACAAUUAGACUUCAAACAAAUAAUAAGCCACCACCUAGAGUAUGUCAUACUGCUGUGGUACACAACAACAGAAUGUAUAUAUAUGGUGGACACUUGCCGGACAGUCAUACAUUUAUCAGAGAAGUAAAGAGUGAUCUCCAUGAAUAUAACUUUGAGACAAGAAGAUGGAAAAUGAAGACUACUAAUGGUGUACCAUUACCGGCAAAGACUGAGCAUAGUUCGGUGGUGUAUCAAGAUUCCAUGUAUAUCUUUGGAGGAUACUCUGGUCCUCAGACAUAUUUGGAUGUAUCGAUUUAUAAGUUGGACUUGGAAACAUUCGAAGGAAAGUCAAUACAGGGUAAAGGUGCAAUUCCCACUGGUCGUUCAGCACAUUGUGCCUGUGUCUGGAAUCACUACAUGUAUAUAUUCGGUGGAUGGGAUGGUACUGAGUCAAACAACUCUUUCUUCCGUUUCAACUUUUUGACUGAGGAGUGGAGUAGAGUACCCGCCAAGGGUACACCACCACCAUGCAUUCGAUCACAUAGUUGCGUACUGUUUGAUAACUCAUUGUAUAUCAUUGGUGGUUAUGGCCCUGAUGGCCACACAGAGUUCCCAUACAGCUACGACUUGCUCAACGAUCAAUGGAUGCCAUUGAUGGAUAAUCGCGAUGGACCUUGCUCACGAUCACGUUUGAGGACAGUUGUCUAUGACAACAAUCUCUGGUGUGUAGGCGGUUGGGAUCGAUCGGCAUACUACAACGAUCUGUGGAGUUAUAGCUUUGAGACCCGCAAGUGGACCAAGAUCAAUCCCUACUUUGAUCUAAAGGGCAUUGGUCAGUAUUCAUUGGUGACUCAUAAGAAUCAAUUGUAUAUAUAUGGUGGCUACAAUCCUACAACCAGCUCACCACAGCCAAAUCUAUACACAUACAUGGUUGGCAAUCCAUCAUUAGAUCGAGCAGUUAGUGAUGUCGCACCAAUACCCGAUGGUAAUGAUCAGUCAUCAUUGGUCGGUGGCACAUCAACAACAUCAUCAUCCAAAGAUGAGUCAUUGUUAUCAAGUCCGAACUUGAGUGGUGACGGUUGUGCCACAACAUCAACGACAACAACCACAUCAUCCAAUCGACCAAGUAAGCCACCAAUGAUGGUCAAAUCAGAUAGUAUAUUGUCGAUGCUUGAGGGCUUCUCCUACCCCUCUAGUGAAUGUGAUGAUCUUGACCAAGUGAUGAAUGACAACCUUGUCGUAGUCGACAUUGGUAAUGACAAUAAUUGUGGAAGUGUGUCACCAUCUGCAUCAGGAGUUCCAACU